GUUUACGGUCCUUUUACACCACCAGAUCGCUACUAUCCUACAUUCCUCCCAUGUCCGGCCGCCGUCGAUGCUUCCACGAGAUGUACCCGUGCAUAUUUAGGUAGCCUGAGCCAGCAGCUACAGCUUCCUCAUCACCUUCGCCACGACCCUCUCACUCUUCAAGCAUCUUCCGGCACCAUGUCGGACGCAGAAAGCAGUGGAGGAACGGGCAAUAGACUUGCCAGAGUCACCAUAAUACUGGCGGGUGUCGCCUCGCUCGUGGCCUCGUUGAUAUCUUUUCUGUCGAUAUGGCUCCAGACAAAGAAUUACAGGAAACCUCUGCUCCAACGAUACGUAAUAAGGAUACUGCUUAUGGUACCCAUUUACGCAGCUGCAUCGUGGAGUUCUAUUGUGUCUUUGAAGGCGGCGUUCUAUCUUGAUCCUCUCCGCGAUAUAUAUGAAGCAUUCACCAUAUACACCUUUCUUCAACUUCUGGUCAAUUUCCUUGGAGGCGAACGCUCCCUGAUCAUUAUGAUGCACGGUAGACCACCUGUGUCUCAUCCUUGGCCAAUCAACCUUUACUGCUCCAAGGUUGAUAUCUCGGACCCGCACACCUUUCUCGCCAUUAAGCGAGGCAUUCUACAGUACACAUGGUUGAAGCCAAUUCUCAGCGUCCUCACCAUCAUCUUGAAGCUUACUGGUACGUAUCAUGAGGGAUACAUCGCGUUAAACUCGGGAUACUUGUGGAUCGGAAUUGCCUACAAUGUCAGUGUCACUUUGAGCUUGUAUUCCCUGGCGAUGUUCUGGGUCUGCAUGCACCAGGACCUGAAGCCUUUCCGGCCCAUGCCGAAAUUUCUCUGCAUCAAACUUAUCAUUUUCGCCUCAUACUGGCAAGGAUUCUUUCUCUCGAUUCUGCAGUUCUUGGGGGCCAUCCCCAACGAUGUUCCCGGCUACACAUCAGACAAUCUGGCAGCGGCGAUUCAAGACGCAUUGAUAUGCUUCGAGAUGCCCAUUUUUGCUAUCUCUCAUUGGUACGCUUUUUCGUGGCACGACUAUGCAGAUGUAACAAUCUCCGCAGCGAGGAUGCCUGUCAAGUUUGCGCUUAGAGACGCAUUUGGCCCGAGGGAUCUGAUUGAAGACACGAAAGAAACAUUCCGUGGCAAGAAGUACGACUACCGAACUUUCGACUCUGGUGAUAAUGUCAUCGCACAUGAAGACUCUCACUCGCGGGUCGCCAGAAUGAUGGAUGGCAUGCGUUACGAAAGAGGCGGUAAAGCUAAAUAUUGGAUUCCUAAACCACAGGCCCCGAGUGCGAGAACACCACUUCUUUCCGGAAACGGCUCCUCACGGCCUCCAGCGCCAGAAGCUCGUGGACAUGCGCACGACUAUCGAGCAGCGGAACCAGACAUUGAGGUCGGCAUGGAUGCCGAAGAUGAGCGACUUUACACCAAUGCCAGAGCAUUAGAGUUUGGUGAUUGGAAUUAUCCUGUUAUUACAGCUCACCAAGCUCGACGAGAAGACUGGCUCAGGCGCGACCCCGGCCUUCUGACGACUUCCACCAACCGUAACCUCUUUCAACCGACGCGAGACAACCGAAACCGUCGCCGUAGUGAAAUCCAGCAUACGCUUCGAAAAGGAAAAAAUAGGAGCACGUCACCAUCUCAACAUUCAUCCGAUGGGCCCCCGCCACAAAGCGGAAUAGAAUCGAAGUUGAAACGUGACCUCUCACAAUCGUCCGGCAGAUCUGACCGGAGCCAGAUCGUUGAUCUGAUUGUCGAAGACACCGAGGCCGAAGAAGUAGAGCGCGUCCGUGCUAGAAAAGAAGGCGGUGAUACUUGGAAUCGAGGUCCGGCCAAGCGAUUUGUACGCACCUAUAGCAUUGACGAGGAACAUCCUGAGGGCCAGGAAAUCCGUGAAGGUUUUGACCCUAGCUCGGUGCCUGCCAAACACCCCCCUCCUGAACGCGCCGUCGAGGAGGAGGAGGAGGAGGAGGAGGCUCAAGAUGAUGAGCAUCUUGAGAGUACUGGAAGAUACGGCAGCCUUAUCGAAGAGGAUAAUGUAUGGGGCCGUUCAUAGUUCGCCGAACAGUUUCCAUCUGAUCAAUUCCUCAUACGACCUUGCUUAUUCUGGCCAGUCUAUGCAAGCUAGGUUUCUUAGAUCACUUCGAUCCAGGGAUGAGGCAGGGACACUUUUGGUCUCCAUUGACUUGUCCCGGCGAGCAUACUUUAUUCUAGUAUAUUCUUGGUAUAUGAGAGCGUUCAAGCGGGAAACUCUGCUGCUAUUUCAAAUCUUA